AUGUUUUUCUUGAUUCUCACAUUUACUAUUUGGAAGAUAAUUAGUAUCCAUGGUGAAUCAUUAUUUUCAUUAGCUUGUUCACAUGAUAAUGAAACAUGUACUCUGUACAAAAUCGAUAUUGAUCUAGUUGGUGGUCGUGCUACAUCGAAUCAAAUUGCUGAAUGGCAUCAAUCUAAUGUUGUUGAGAGCUUUGGAUCUGUAGCUGGAUUCAAAAAUGGCAAGACAGGUUAUAUUGUAAUGACAACUAAUUGUAACUCUCAAGCGAAUCUUAUUAAUAUUAACAAUCUAUCGCAACCAAUAUCAUCUAUAAUGAUGAAAACAUCGUGUACGCAGCCAAUUCACGCAUUAUCGGGUAGAUGGUUGUUGGCACUGGGUACAGCCUCCAAUGGUGUUGGUGGUUCAUACCCUGUAUCAUUAUAUAUAUUUGAUCCAAUAUCAAGUUUAUCGAGUCGUGACAUUGUUCAUUUCGAUACAAUGUUCGCCAAAUCAUAUCAAUUAUUACAUCCACAAACAGGCUUUUCAGCUCUGAAUUUAAAUGCAGCUGAACCGAUUUUUUAUGCAAUCCUGUAUAACUUAGUAAAUGAGACACGUCAUAUUCUAUCCAUUCAUAUUGAAACGGGUCAAUGGUCAUUGAACCAAAUUGGUAAUAACUUAUUACGUAAUCUGGCAUUUUCAACUGAAUUAAAUGCACCUGUUUGUGAUUGUUCGCUCGGUGGUAUAUGUGUGUUAAACUGGGAGAGCUUUCAAUGGGAUUUAUUCUUACCAAUACCAAAUUUUAAUAGUUUUAUGGAUUGGACAUUUUCAGCUGAUAAACAAACCAUGUAUUUUAUUCGAAAACAGAAUAUUACUGUAAUUGAUCUAUCGAAUAAGUUAUCAUUUCAAUAUCGUAUUGUACCAUUAAUUGAACAAACUGGCGAUAUUAAUGGUAUUGACAAAACAGUAGGGUUGGAUAUGUAG